UCCUCUUUCCUCGCUCAAGAUGGCGCUGCUCGCGAUACAUUCUUGGCGUUGGGCAGCCGCGGCGGCUGCUUUCGAAAAGCGCCGGUAUUCCGCGAUUCUGAUCCGGUCUCUAGGCUCUGUUCGUCGCUCAGAUCCGCGGUGGCUGUCACAUCAUCGCGGCGCCUCAGGAAACGCUCGAAUCUACCAGGUCCCAGAGUCAUUAAGAAAUGCUACAUGGCAGAGAUGGGGAAGAGACAAUUCAAGACUGUUAUUAGAUGCUACAAAGGCUCUCCAGACAUGGCCACUGAUAGAAAAGAGGAAAUGUUGGCAUGGUCACGCUGGUGGAGGACUCCACACAGACCCUAAAGAAGGGUUAAAAGAUGUUGAUACUCGGAAAAUCAUAAAAGCAAUGCUUUCAUAUGUAUGGCCCAAAGACAGACCAGAUCUACGAGCUAGAGUUGCCAUUUCCUUAGGAUUUUUGGGUGGUGCAAAGGCCAUGAAUAUUGUGGUUCCCUUCAUGUUUAAAUAUGCUGUAGACAGCCUCAACCAGAUGUCGGGAAACAUGCUGAACCUGAGUGAUGCACCAAAUACAGUUGCAACCAUGGCAACAGCAGUUCUGAUUGGUUAUGGUGUAUCAAGAGCUGGAGCUGCCUUUUUUAAUGAAGUUCGAAAUGCAGUAUUUGGAAAAGUAGCCCAAAAUUCAAUUCGAAGAAUAGCCAAAAAUGUCUUUCUCCAUCUUCACAACCUGGAUCUGGGUUUCCACCUGAGCAGACAAACAGGAGCUUUAUCUAAGGCUAUUGACAGAGGGACAAGGGGUAUCAGUUUUGUCCUGAGUGCUUUGGUAUUUAAUCUUCUCCCCAUCAUGUUUGAAAUGACACUUGUCAGUAGUGUUUUGUAUUACAAAUGUGGUGCCCAGUUUGCAUUGGUAACUCUAGGAACACUUGGUGCAUACACAGCAUUCACAGUUGCAGUCACACGGUGGAGAACUAGAUUUAGAAUAGAAAUGAACAAAGCGGAUAAUGAUGCAGGUAAUGCUGCUAUAGACUCACUGCUGAAUUAUGAAACUGUGAAGUAUUUUAAUAAUGAAAAAUAUGAAGCACAGAGAUAUGAUGGAUUUUUGAAGACAUAUGAGACUGCUUCAUUGAAAAGUACCUCUACUCUGGCUAUGCUGAACUUUGGCCAAAGUGCUAUUUUCAGUGUUGGCUUAACAGCUAUAAUGGUGCUUGCCAGUCAGGGAAUUGUGGCAGGUACCCUUACUGUUGGAGAUCUAGUAAUGGUGAAUGGACUGCUUUUUCAGCUUUCAUUACCCCUUAACUUUCUGGGAACUGUAUAUAGAGAGACUAGACAAGCACUCAUAGAUAUGAACACCUUGUUUACUCUACUCAAGGUAGACACCCGAAUUAAAGACAAAGCGAUGGCAUCUCCCCUUCAGAUCACCCCACAGACAGCUACGGUGGCCUUUGAUAAUGUGCAUUUUGAAUAUAUUGAAGGACAGAAAGUCCUUAGUGGAGUAUCUUUUGAAGUCCCUGCAGGAAAGAAAGUGGCCAUUGUAGGAGGUAGUGGGUCAGGGAAAAGCACAAUAGUGAGGCUGUUGUUUCGCUUCUAUGAACCUCAAAAAGGUAGCAUUUAUCUUGCUGGUCAAAAUAUACAAGAUGUAAGCCUGGAAAGCCUUCGGAGGGCAGUGGGAGUAGUACCACAGGAUGCUGUCCUCUUCCAUAAUACUAUUUACUACAACCUUUUAUAUGGAAACAUCAAUGCUUCACCUGAGGAAGUAUAUGCAGUGGCAAAAUUAGCUGGACUUCAUGAUGCAAUUCUUCGAAUGCCACAUGGAUAUGACACCCAAGUAGGGGAACGAGGACUCAAGCUUUCAGGAGGAGAAAAGCAAAGAGUAGCAAUUGCAAGAGCCAUUUUGAAGGACCCCCCAAUCAUUGUCUAUGAUGAAGCCACUUCAUCAUUAGACUCAAUUACUGAAGAGACUAUUCUUGGUGCCAUGAGGGAUGUGGUCAGACAUAGAACUUCUGUUUUCAUUGCACAUAGAUUGUCAACAGUGGUUGAUGCAGAUGAAAUCAUUGUUUUGGACCAGGGAAAGGUAGCUGAACGUGGUACCCAUUAUGGCUUGCUUGCUAACUCUGGCAGUAUUUACUCAGAAAUGUGGCAUACUCAGAGCAGCCGUGUGCAGAACCAUGAUAACCUCAAAUGGGGUGCAAAGAAAGAAAACAUGUCCAAAGAGGAGGAAAGGAAGAAACUACAAGAAGAAAUUGUCAACAGUGUCAAAGGCUGUGGAAACUGUUCCUGCUAAGUCACAUGAGACUUUUUCUUUUCUUUCAUUUUGUUUUGCUUUGUUUUGGACUACACUUCAAGUACAAUUCUGCCCUGAAAGCAGAAAUGUUUAAAUUAAAACAAAAGUCAUACAUUCCCAUUUUCUAUAAUUAUUCUUUUAGAUAAGAUUUGUUGAAAGGGGGAUUUGAGUUACAUCUUUCCCAGUCUAUUUUGUGCUAUCUGUAUUUAACCAUGAAUUAUUUUCUUGUUACUGCCCUGGUUAUAGUCAUCACACAAUUUUUGUUACUUUGGCUUUACCCCAUUACCCUUUUGAGACCCAGUAUGCAUUUAACAUCCAUAACCAGAUGAAUCGGAUAAGUUUCCAAACUUUUGUAGUUUUUCAAGGCUCCUUUAUGCUGACAAUUUGACAAAAGACAACUUAGUGUCUUUUUCUCAAAAUUAAACAGACUAUAAUAUGAAUUUAUUGUUCUUCCUCAUUUUCCCUCCAAUUAAAAUACUUCAUUAAUGUGAAAAUUGGAUCUUAAACAUAAAGUAAGAGCUUUUCAGAAAUAGACAUGCAUUUAUGGUUUAAAUGUCUUACCUGAUAGAUAACUAUACUUACCUGUUUUAAGUAUUUCCAGCUAUGUACUUUUUGGAAGAAAACCUUAAUAUACAUGCAUAUACAUGACCUUUGGUAUGUAGGAAAGGAUUCCUAUAGAUGCAUGUGUGCGCACAUGAUGACAAAUAUUCAUUAGAUGACCAUCAUUCUUAUCUGUGUUGACAUUUCAGAAUUACUUUAUCAUAGGUAUUAUUUUACUUUUUUAGUAAUUUAAUGAGUUCCUUUAAGUCUGACAUGACAGUUAACCCAAACACUAAAUCAAUUUUUAACUGGGGGUAGGGGGAACAUGUUUUUCUUACUAGAAAUAAUUAUUAAAAUAAUUAUAUGUUUCACAUAGAAAGUUCCUCUCUUAAGCUGGGCAUGGUGGUACACACCUAUAGUACUAGCUACUUGGGAAGCUGAGGUAGUAAGAUUACUUGUGCCCAGAAGUUCAAGGUCAGCCUAGACAACAUAGCAAGACCCUAUCUCUUACAAUUAAUAAAGAAAAGAAAGUUCUCUCUUCUUCAGUAUGAAUUUGCUUUAAUUUGUUUGAUAGCAAUUAUUCAGUUUGAAAAACUGUUUCUCAUGAAUGGCUACAUAACCAUGUAUAAUAAGGUUUUAUUUCUCAGGAAAGUACUUAUUUUAUUGGUUUAUAGUUCUGAUGUGUUUUAAGUGAUAAUUUAGUAUGAGAGUGAUUAUUAUUUCUUCUUUUAUACUGUGGAUACUAUGGAUAAAUGUAAACUUAUCUACUUUAGGCUAUUUGAUAAGGAACCUGAGGCCAGUAUUUCAUAGUCAGUUUUUGAUACCAGAGUAAGUGAUGCAGGAUCUUGGGUUUUAAAGUUGAAAUGAACACUGAGUUGUGUAAUCAGUAGAUUGGCUUUCUGUGGGUUUUUUUUUUUUUUUUUUGGACAUUUUUUUACUCUGAAGCCAAAUAGCAAUAGCUAUUCUGAAAGUAAAAGAAGCCCUUCCUUUGAAUAAAUCAGCUACAUUACUGGAAAUGUGGUUUAGAAAUCUAGAGAGAAAUUUUUCAUCUCUGUUAAUUCUUUCUAUACAUUUCCAGUGAUGCUGGUGGAAAAGAUUUAGUGUAGUUGCAUAAACAAGCAGGUAAGAUUGAAGUAAUCAUUAGUAAUAAUUCCUUUCGAAGUGUGAAUAGCAGUGUCCAGAGCAAAUUAUUUUGUGAUAUGGGGAUGAUUUAGUCCAAGAGGGUAGGAAUAUUUUCAGGGUGGAGAUAAUUUCCCCACUAAAAGAUUGCUAAGCUAUUUUCUUUUCAUAUGAUUGCAGGUGGUCCCUAGGCCACUGUGGUCAUUAACCAGUAUUUUCAGUUAAUAAAAACUUAAAUUACCUGGAAAACACAAUUAUUAUAGAGGCCAUAACUAAGUCUUAAAGACAUUUCUCUUAAAACCACAUUAUAUUAAGGUUGUUCUAUACAGGGAAAUAAUAGACAGAUUAAGAUGAAAGAAAAGCUUCCUAGGAUGAUUCACUCAGAAAAUACCAAGAAAAAGGGUAUUUAAUUAUAAUGUACUAAUUUUACAUUGCAAUAUUACAUACUUACACAAAAGGAUAAUGUGGAUAAAUUUUUAAAUCAGCAUUGCAACAAUGCUUUUUUAAUGUGUUGGGAUGAAUAAGCUGCAGUUUUGAAGUUUGAGCUCUGAAAAAGGAAUAAGGUGAUAGGGCUUUAUUUCUUAUAUCCCUUUAUUUUAAAGACUGAAAAUUUUACAUUCUGAGGGAAUCCCAAUUUACAGAAAUUAACUUGAAACCAAGGUAAUUUGGGAUCAUAAAAACUGGGCCAGAUGCUUUACUGAAGGUUCUUAACAUGGAAAUAUCUUGGUGAGCAUAUGGACUCAUUUGGAAGUUUUUUGAACAGCUCAAGUGUAAGGGUCAUUUGUCAGAAUCAGAAAGAGGCCUUAGCUUUUGGACAUGAACAAGCCCAAGAUAUGCGUUUACUGUUCUUCUGCAGGGAUUUGCACCUUUUCUAUACCUUAAGAUGAAUACUUUGUGUUUCCCUUCGAUGUUGAUAAAACUUGGUUUGUGAAGAUGGCUAUUGUAAGAAUAUGUUUUGCUUUAAAGGCAAGAUAUUUAAAGAUUGUAUGAUUCCCUAUUUCUAGAUCACUUUGUCCAUACUGCCAUCUUGCUCCUCUCCUUCUUGCUGAAUAUGUCAGCACUUUUGUCAAUAUGUAUUCAUAUUUCUCUUACCUUGCAGCUUUAUUACAGACUAUUUUGUUGUGAACUAGUAAUUGAAAGCAUUUAAAUGUAUUUGCAGUUGCAGUUUUCUUAAAUUAUAGAAAGUUUCUUCUUUGAGUAUAUAGAUUCUGAAUGUAAAAUGUAUAAUACAUCACAAUAUUAAAUCAAAUAAGCUGGUUAAAACUGGUUAAGACAAAACAACUCAACCAAGGAAACCCUUACCACAGUUUUAUUGUUUAUAUCAACAUGUGUAGAAAAUCAUUACUAAAUAAACAUUGUCUUUGUGACUAGAAA